CCCCCAUCUUCAGGAUCCAUCCCGACGCGCUUUGGCGCCUUUCUCUGGAUUGAUACCAACUCUCACGGUCUGCUGAACUUCUCCAACAGUCGGUUCAACCUCAACAUUGCCACUUUUGGUUUCAAAGUUCGCGGUCCCGCGUUCUACGCCAUUGGUCCUUCCAUGCGACCUCGACAGUCGCUCUUCACGGGGCAACUUUUCAACAUCUCACCCGCCUAAGCUCGCUACCAAGGCCAUCUGACGCAUUUCGCAACCCAGACUGCCCUUCACGGCAGUAAGCCGUCAAAAUGGAUGCACAGAACGAAGAUGGCGAUGUUCAAACGUCCAAAACCGGGAGUCCGGCCAAUGCAGAUUCAGUGCACUGCAAAGGCGACGCGCAUGAUGGUGAAGUGAAUGACACCAACGCCACAGAAGGUGCCACCCCUUCAAAAGCUACCAGCCAGGCCUCAUCUACCAGAAAUUCAACGCCUGCAGUAUCCACUUCAGAAAAUCAACCUCCGCCACAAGCUUCCACUGACGCGACUACCGCCAUGGACGUGGAUCAGCAACAGCAGGAUGCCAAAAACAACGACUCUGAUUCAGUGCAGCCUUCAAGAAAGGACUCAGAGGAGGCUGCUGCAGCGCCGUAUGGAACGCGAUCGCGUAACCGUCCGGGCAGGUCGCGCAUCAAUUACGCCGAAGAUACUGAAAUUGAUUUUGAGAUGACAGCACCUGCAUCGACGAACGGAAACGCGUCCGAUCCGCCAUCGCGAAGUUCUGUGGCUGCCGAAAGUGGUCAACCUUCAGGUGUGAGUGGGAAGAAGGGUGCAGGUGCUGGACAGGGUAGUGCGCCGUGGGGUAAUUCCGGACCCAAUCCAAAAGACAACCAAGCAAACCUCAGUAUUUCGGGCUCGUCGGCAACCACACCAGCAACUCAGACCAACACAGCGCAAGCCACAACAAAACGACGAAAAAAUGCUGCCAAAGAUGCCACAAAUGGUACUCAAGCAAGUGCAGCCGCGCCAAGCCAGACCUCGAAGCGCGGUGCCCAAGCCCAAGUCCAGGCCCAAGCAGCCGCCCCCUACACGCGAGAAUCCAACAUGAUGACAUUCGAAUUCAGCGGCGCCAAAUCGAAAGAUGGUCACCUGCAAGCAGACGAUGGGCAAAUUGUAUCCGUUAAUGACCAAGUGUACCUCGUGUGUGAGCCACCUGGAGAACCCUACUAUCUAUGUCGCAUCAUGGAGUUUAUCCACAAAGACAACAACCCAAGUUUGCGAGUAGAAUCACUCAGAGUUAAUUGGUUCUAUCGACCACGAGAUGUUGGUCGCUACAACAAUGACACUCGUCUGGUGUACGCAACGAUGCACUCCGACUUGUGCCCUAUAGCCUCUUUGCGAGGAAAGUGUAAUAUCUUGCACAGGAGCGAGAUUGGUGACCUCGACGAAUAUCGCAAAGGAAAAGAUAGCUUCUGGUUCAACCAGGUCUUUGACCGCUUCAUCCAUCGCUGGUACGAUGUCAUUCCCACCUCCCAGGUCAUCAAUGUCCCGGUGAAGGUGAAGAAGGCCUUGGACGAGCGCUGGAAAUACAUUUGCUUGGAAACGAGCAGGGUGAAGGAAUUGACUAGCGCAGUGAAGUCUUGUAAGCGCUGUGUUGGCUACUGUGCAUCGAACGACUCCGUAGAAUGCGCUGUGUGCCACAACACAUAUCACAUGAACUGUGUUCGUCCGCCACUACUGAAAAAGCCGUCGCGUGGUUUUGCUUGGGCUUGUGGACCAUGCAGUAGGGCACAAGAGAAGAAGCUUGAAGCUCGACGAACUCCACUCAUUGGUGCCACAAACGAAGAUGGGGAAGAAGAAGAGAUCGUUGAUGAGGAAGAAGAGGAAGUUGGCAGCGACAGCGCCGCGACUCCCGACCCUGAGAGCCAAGUCGACCUUCAUCCGGGUACCCAGGCUGAGAUUGCACUUGCAAAGAUGUGGCCUAUGCGAUAUCUAGGUAUUCACUGUCGAGUGGAAGACGCUUUGCAAUAUGAUGAUAGGGCUAUCUAUCCACGCGCCAGCUCUCGAUUGGGGCCCCGACAUCAAGCAAACGUGAACGUAUGGCAUGGACAGCCAGUUGAAUUCGUCAAGCCGGCAGAUAUCAAGAAACGCUAUGUCAAGUCGACAAACAACAAGAAGGAAGGCAAGCUGACGAAAGAGACUGUUGCAGCUAUUGAAGCCGACAAGGCGGAGAAGGCCAAACGCCCUAAGUGGGUUAUGGAUGAACCCGUGGGUUACAUCCGCCGUGGUGAAGAUCUGCCGAACAAGGACUCGAAAUGGACCGCGGAACUGGUUUUCAAGAUGCCUCCCCUGGGUGUGCAUUCAACGCGUGGUGAGGAUGACGCACCGACAGUCACCGAAGAGCAAGUCAAAGCUUACAUGGAGCGCGCGAAAGCUCUAGCAAAGCACGUCGGGGUUGAGUCUUACAACACCAACUUCCUCACAAAGGCGCUGGCGUUGUUCACAAAACAUCAAUACGAUGCUGACGCAGCCUUGAAACAGGUUAAGAAGCUCGACAAGCGCAAAGAUUUGAAGGAGCCGGAGCUAACGAAAGAGGAGGAGAAGAAGUGGAAUGAGGGAGUCGCCAGAUAUGGUUCUGAGAUCAGGAACGUUCGACUGCAUACCAGCAAAAACAUGUUCUAUGGAGAUGCCGUACGGUACUACUAUAUGUGGAAGAAGACCCCCAAAGGCAAAGAAAUUUGGGGCUCUUACAGCAACCGAAAAGGCCGGAGCAAGAAGGUUGAGCCAGACGCGCAAAGUCGACUGUUGGACGAUGUUGCCGAUAACCAAGACGACUCGGCAUUCGACAACGAGAAGGCUGUGCAGCAAAAGCGCAACUUUCAAUGCAAGUUCUGUACUGUUCGCCAUUCCCGGCAAUGGAGACGCGCCCCUGGCGUUUCACCCGGUCAGAUGAUACCUGCAGACGGUCGCUCCAAAGACAAGUCAGGCUUUGUCGUGGCACUUUGCCUGCGCUGUGCCAAUCUGUGGCGCAAGUAUGCAGUUAAGUGGGAGAACGUCGAGGAGAUUGCUAAGAAGGUGGCCCAAGGUGGUGGCAAAGCUUGGAAGAGGAGGAUUGAUGAAGAACUGCUUCGAGAAGUCUAUGCUGCGCAGGCAGAUCCUACUCCUGUGGUCAGCGCACCAGAGUACGUAGAUCUUCCUGCUGCGGCGGCGCAAGCCAUUGGCGAGCCUGCGAAGAAGAAGCAGAAAACGAGUGCUCUUGGCAACGGAGACAGUGGUACGUCAACCCCUAACAAUGAGUCCACCGCUAUGAAGAAGAAAGAGAAAGAGAAGCCCGCGCCGCCACCUAAAGCUCCAACCCCUCCGCCAGUUCCUGCACAACCACGGCUCAGGGCGUUGCCUUGCGCUGUCUGUCGAUCAGUAGACGGAGCGCGCUUGGAAUGCGCCGCUUGUCGUUUGACUGUGCACAAAGCCUGCUACGGCGUCGAGGAUGUUCGACAGGCCAACAAGUGGUAUUGUGACACAUGCAGGAAUGACAAAAAGGAGAGUGUGUCCUAUACAUACGAGUGCGUGUUGUGUCCUCACAAAGUUACGGAACAGGACUUUUACGAGCAGCCUAAAGUUACACACAAGAAGAAGAGCGACAGGGAUAGGGAAAAGGGGCGCAUAGAGAAAGAGCUUAUUGACAUCGCCAAAGAGGAAUACCGCAUCCGACAGCAGGAGAAGGGCCGACCGAUCGUUCCUCGAGAGCCACUCAAGCGUACCGCAGAUAACAACUGGGUCCAUGUGUACUGCGCGCUCUGGCAUGCGGAGGUCAAGUUUAGCAACGCCAAUCGCCUCGACAUGGUAGAAGGAGUUGGCGCAAGCACUCUCCGGUACGACCAGAUCUGCAAGCUUUGCAAGACCAACAAUGGUGCUUGCGUAUCGUGCUUGCAGUGCCACGCGAACUUCCAUGUCGGCUGUGCGCAUGAGCGAGGCUAUACUUUUGGGUUCGACAUGACACCUGUCAAGGCCACUCGAAGAGACGCAGUACCUACAGUAACUCUCAACGGAGACACAGGCACAAUGGCAGCGGCUAUCUGGUGCAAGGAGCAUACACCGAAGACGCCAGUACACCCUAUCAACGAGCAAGUGGAAGGCUCAGACAUCGUCGCCUUGCAGCUCUUCGCCCGCGAGUUCAAACAGGCGGAUCUGACCCUUACGGGCACAGCACGCAAAGCCAACCUGGUUGACCAGUCAACCCGGACAACCUCACAGCCUGUAGCAACGACGAUCAACCGUCGUGCCUCUGCUGUCACAGCUCAGACGCCUACUUCAGCUCGGGGUCGCAAUUCAAUUGCUGGGUUGCCAAUCAAGGAGGAGCCUACAGAACCUUCAAUGCCUAGAUCAGAGCGUAACUGCGCUCGGUGUAAGAUCGAUUCUAGCCCACGGUGGUGGAAGAUCGAAGAUGCACCAUCAUGUACGUCCGUUGUGGAUGGUCCGUGGAGACCGAACGGUGUAGAAUCCAAUGGACACCUGGUUAUGGAGCAGAAACCAAGCGUUGAGAACGGACAAAUCGCCAACGGGGUUGCUGAUCAUCCAAUGGGCGAUGCGUCCUGUACUACAGCAUCGACAGGUCCCGGUCAUUUACACCUAGACACCGACAUCGCAACUACCUCCUCUAUCUCGUACUUGUGUCAAAAGUGUCACUGGAAGAAGGAGCAGGGUAUUGACGAGGACGAAGACAGAGAGCGAUCGAAGUCUGUUCUCCCAGAGCCGCAACAACUGCCUCUCCUCUCUCCUGUACAAGCAUUUGUUGCACCACCACCACCACCACCACCACCACCACCCGCAGCACUCACACCUUGGGGCGUUCCGGGCGGUCCUCCAGCUCUACCAUCAAAUCAGCCUCCGCCGUUGCCGGCAUGGCAUAGUGCUGGACCUCCUGGGCCACCAGCAACGUCACACCCCCCUCCACACCAUCUUCCAAAUGGAAUCGGGUAUCCACCGCCACACGCUCCUGUCGGCCAUCAUGCGCCAUUCCAUACACCAUAUCCUCCUUCCAACGGAUAUCCUUCGCACACAGGCGCGCCAGUACAUCCGCAGAUGCCACCGGCGCCUAUGCGUGGUCCAUACGCCCCACCGUCAACUGGUCCGCCUCCACCCUUACAUCUCAACAACGGUGCGAUAAUGGCUAAUGGCAUGCACUCACCGCAUAACAUGCCCUAUUCACCAACACAUCCUCACGAGUACCAUUCUUCUCGUUCCACCGAGAGCCCGUUCGCUGCCCCUCCACCUUCCAUCCCACAGUAUACCCUUCAUCACGGUAGUCCCGCGCCAGGUCGACCAGAAACGCCACGGGAUACAGUCAUGCGAGACGCUCCCUUGGUCAUUUCUGCUCCUACAGAACGUGCCAACACAGGAGCUAGCGCCAGUCCUUCGCUUCGUAAUUUGUUGCAUUAGCUCUUUCCUUUACUUCUUAACGUUUUGUACUUUUACGAUACCUUGGGCUCAUUGAACCGGAGUUGUCGCUGCCCAUUUAGCAUUUUCAACAUUGAGCGGAGUGUAGCCCUUUGUGGCGCGGCUGGAACACACAGAGCUUGGGUGUACUGCAUUGAAUCUUUAUUGGGUACUGCAAGGGAGUCGGUGGCACGAUACCACACGUUUCUUCACUUCGUUUUUGGUUGUUUUGCUUAGCGGACGCUGGACAGGAGCCUGCCAGGAACCGCUGAGGGCGUGUCGCAAGACACUUGGACAUCGGUACGAAGAUGUAUCGUGCUCUCGUAUCGCCAUAGAAG